GCCGGUUCGUGCGGUCGUGUUUGUUAUUCUCACCGUUUACUUGCGAUAUUUAUUUUUUACUCCAAUAUUUCUCUUAUACCGUAACCAUAAACAUCAUCCUCAACCACGCGAAUGUUCUCAUAAUUAUUUUUUAAAAAUUCAAAAUUAUUUUUAUUAUUUUAUGCAGAUUUUCAAAGAGUAAUUAAGUAACAAGUCUAAGUGGAAUCCAGUGCAAGCGACACAUCGACAGUGAGAACUUAUUUUAGUUGGUGGAAUUUUAAAAAAUAGAUUUACUGAACCGGAAGUUGGAUUCCCUACGACAACCCGUGGAUAUUACUCUUCGUAGCUGCCAAGGAAGACGACGGAUACGAACGUAAGAGGCCAAGUGUAGGAUGGGCUCGUCACUGCGAGGAAUCGCGGUACAGUGAAGAGGAGGAUCCGUUAAGAAACGGAGGUACAAGACGGAGUAUGCCGUCGUCGCAAAAUGCCGCCACUGAGCGGCGAAACGACAGGAUGAUUUCACACGAACCGCCAAAAUUGAAAACAACUUUAAAGACUUCGCCGAAACAGGCAACAAAUCCACUGCAGUUUGUUAAAGUCGGGCCAUGUUCACUUUAUCGAACUGCUCAGGAGCAGUUGCAGAAGGUACAGGAAGUCAAAAAAGUUAAACAAGAAGUACGUGAUGACCCAGAAGACUGGCAAUCGAAUUUGGAUAAUUGGAAAAGCAGCCGAAGGAAGCGACAAGAACACAUUAUCGAACGAGUCGUAGAAGUUAAGAAACUCGAAUUAGAGGAACAUGACAGGCAUAGACGUCGGAGUAAAACGUUUUCAGAGAUGAUGGAGGAACGCAGUAGCCGGGGUAGAAAAUUGAGUAUGAGCCUGGCGCUGUAUCACGAGGAAGAUUCAAAUGAUUUGAGCGAUCUCGGGAUUGGGACGAGCAGCGGUAAAAGUUCUGUAAGCGGCGACACCCACGACGACACACAGAGUGUUCUUAGCGAUCGAGAUAGCGAGAUUGACAAGAAUCAUUCGGAUCUAGACAACACGUCUCACGAAAAUGGCAAUACCAAUGACAAUAAUAAUAUCAGUCCGGUGACAAAUACCGUCAACGUCAUGCCGAUAACUAAAAUGGCGAUUAGUAAAAAAUCUUGUUCAUUCGGCAACGGGUUUCAAGACGAUCAGCGAGAAUACGAUUCUGGGACAACGGCAACAACUAGUUCACCAGAACCUGAUGAGUACAAUUACGAAGGAGCUAUUCGUUAUAAUAGAGCGCCACCGCAAACUCUUCCUAGAACCUCAUUAAUUAAACACGAGUCUAAAUUAGACAAUAAAUCAAUAGUGUACGAGGAAGGUAUUGCUGCAAGUGAUAAAAGUAUUCCCGUUGUUAAGGUCGAUGUGCUAAAACGCCGUGAAAUAUUUGAAAAAGCCGCACAAAAGACCGCUGAUAACAAAGUUAACAACAACGCGAGCAAUCGCUCAUCGGGUGAUUUUUCAUCUUCGGUAUCUAUCAAAGAGAGACUUUUGAAUCUUGAAAAACAAACAGUGGAAACUGGUGAUGAAGAAGAAAAAAAUACAAAAGUUAUUGACAGGCUUUCUGGUGAUAUGACGACAAUACGGGAACGGUUGAGUUGUUUAGAGAAACAAGUAUCGGUACGUGAAAAUAAAACAUCACGUAAAUUAAGCAGUGAUGAGUUUGAACCCGUUCGACCUUUGCGUGAGAGAUUAUCAACACUAGAGAAAUAUGCCAGCAGUGAUGAUUAUUCGUCUGUUCCACCUCUUCCUCCAGUGAAACCGCAACCGAGUCCAAGGCAACACGUUGAAUUUACGACGAAAGUUAAAGAUCGUCUAUCUGUUUUAGAUUCCUCAAGAAGUAGUAAUCAUAAUAAUAAUAUUAAUAAUAAUAAUAACAAUGUUAAUAAUAAUAAUAAUAUUAAUAAUAAUAAGGAUGUUGAAAAGAAACCGGUAGAUAAACAGAUCCUACGUUUCACUAAUCGUGAAAUGAUAAACGAAACAUCAACGCCAAGUGAGAGAAGUUCUUCUCCAGAUUCAGAGUACCGGGCGCCACGUGCUACCUUCCACCAAAGUCUUGACUCAUUGGAUGCCGACGCGUCCAGUGAACCCGACACAUUCGACCGCGUUCAGAGUCUCGAAGAGUUGGAUUAUGUAAGAAGAAGAUAUCCGACCUCAGUAUCGUCUGCUGAAAUUCUAAAUGAUACAGACCGCGAAGAUUCUGGAAUACACACCGCCGACGUCAGCUGUUCAGUCAGUCAGGCUGACGAACCAGUUGACGAAGAAGUCGCCCAUCCUGGAACUUCAAUUACUGUUCAAGUUCGGGAACCAGUCCAAGAUGAUCGUAAUGAUGGUGAUAAUGAUGAUGAUGAUGAGGAAGAUGAUGAACAAGUGGUUACUGAAUGCAAUCAACUUGAAAAGUCAGAGCAACACAAAGAUGAGGAUUCAAAGGCGGAAAUAUCUCAAGAGAAAAGUAAAGAGAAAGUUGAUAGCCAGCUGGAAUCGGCAGUGAUAAUAGAGGAAUCAAUUGUUAUCGGUAGCAGUUUCACUUUAGAACCCGAGCAGCGCUCAUCAGAGUCAGUCGAGCAAGAAGAAGAAGAAGAGGAAGAAGAAGAAGAAGCCCGAGCGAGUGAAUCGACGAGCAGCGGCAACCAGAGCGCAGAGUUACCUCUUACUUGUCCCAACGUUGAAGCAGCCAACAACGCCGCUCCCCCAGUUAUUGUAGUCGACCAGGAUAUUUAUCAAGACUCUCAGUCUGAGUCAGUGGCUUCUUCAACGCCGCUGUCAUACGAGACAGAAUCAAACAUAUCCGACUACGAUAAACCGACAGUUGUUUCUCCAAUUGCCAUGGAGUUUAUUGAUACUUCUAUGUCUUUAUCUAAAUCUAUUUUCCCACUGAAUUUAUCAAGUGAUGAAGAAAUAUUAAACGGACUAAUUUUCCCUCUGGGACCGCCAUCGAGCGUAGAGCCACCAAAGGAAAAACCACCUCCACCACCAACAGAUUUAAGCGACGAAGAGAAUCAACCGAUCGAGCCUUUAAAGCGAUUAAAUUCAACCCGUCGUAUUAAAAAGGAAUUACGUACACGUCGCUCGGAUUUCUUGGGAAUCGAAGGGGUUAACGACGACGACCUGGAAUUCAGUCUCGCGAAGCCGCCAGAUAUGGCUGCGAUAUUGGCCGAGGAGAGACGGAUCGAGCAAAUGCAUCGUCGUUCUUACGACACCGACAGCAACUACGAGCAAGACUCUAGCCACGAGCGAGACUCGGGUGUGGAGCUCAGUCACGUCGAGGACUGGAUUAAGCAGCCAGUGAGUCCAGACAUGUCACAGCACAGCCGUCAGAGCAGUGAACCGUUUGGUGCAAGUGUCACUUCCUCCGAGGAAGACGAGAUUACCAAGAAAGAACGUGAAAUCAUUGAAGUGCUCGAGAAGGAAGAGCAGUGGCGUUACGGCAACGAUCGUGAGCAGAACAGCGACAUUGGCGAAAAACUCGCGCACAAACUCCGAGAACUCGAGGAGGAGAAGAUGCAGCUGGAGCGUGAACGAGCUCAGGAAGUGGUGUUGCAUCGGCAAGACGACUCGCUGCGUAAGAACGAGGAGAUACAGCCGCGCAACUCCGAGGAAGACCAUUUGCGAAAUCAACAACAGCAGCAGCAGCAGCAGCAACUGAUUCUACAGCAGCAGGAAAUAACGAUGCAGUCGGAAGUCAUCCGUGAUGAGGAGAUGGAGCUCAGGGAGCAGGAGAAGUUGAGGUUUGAGGUGGAACGUCUUAAAUUACACGAGGAUAUCUACGACAAGGAACGGAGGAAUGUUGAUAUUCGUCGUCAAGAUGACGUACAUCUCAGAUCUAUCGACCGCCCGACCCGUCAACCAGAACAUACUGUCGUAAAUGCCGUCAUGUGUGAUCACGACGACGAGUACUCGUCCGGGGAAGUUCUACGUGUUGAGCGAGAACUUUUGCAGUUAGAGCAAGAGGCACUGAAACGUCAGCGUACAAACAUGGUUUACCGUGAGCAAAAACAGCAGCAGCUCGCUGAACAGUUACAAGAGCAAUGGCAAUCUCUGCAAAACGUUAAUUACGCCGGCAACAUUGUCCACGCUACCUAUCAGAACAUCGACAUGGCCAACUACCGGUCCUCGAUGCCGAAUCUCCAGCUUCAGGACAAUCAGCGCCGACGUCCGGCACCUCCGCCCAUACCUCCGGCGAAGCCAUUAAGAUUAAUCGAUCAACGGCAACGAGACAUGACCAUCAGAAACAGUAGGAUUCCAUCAGCAGAUUCAAUUCCACAGCAGGUGGAUGCUUCGCUUCGUCACAGUACCUCGGCAAUCGCGCUAUCAACUCACGCUGGUCAGCAGAUGACCAAGCAGACUCUCAAUGCUCUGAGUGCAGUACCAAGAACGCGUAUUGUUAAAAACGAUCAGUGGGUUCAGCGGAGAAAGAGUGACGGGCCUCGAAUUAUCAGCCAGGAUUUGAAUUACCAGCACUGGCUCAUUCAAGAGGCAGAACAGAGGAGAAUUAAUGAGAAAAACCAACGCUCACCCCCACAGAGAAAACCACAGCAACACGUGACUGGAACUUCCGUACCUUACACUGCCACAACAACUUCAUAUAAAUCUGAAGGUAAACCAUUACCCGAUUCAAUUAUUCAAACACUUACUCAGAGAAUACAAAAUAGAGCACAGGAGAGACCGCUGCCUCUUCGACGGAGGAUUGACCACAGUGCCAGCCAGGAACAUUUGCCCCAGGCGCAUCAUCAGCCGUCAGCGCAUCUCGCCAUGAUGCAUCAAAAAGCACAUCAAUCACCUGGAACGUCUGCUGGCGAGUCUCAGGAAAAAUUGCUGAGCGUCAGUGGAAAGAAAAAAUGUUCUCACUGCGGCGAUGAGCUGGGACGAGGAGCAGCGAUGAUUAUAGAAAGUUUGCGCUUGUUUUAUCACAUGGAAUGUUUCAAAUGUUGUGUCUGUCAUGUGCGUCUCGGUGACGGACUUAUGGGAACGGACGUUCGCGUUCGUAAUCAUAAACUCCAUUGCCACAAUUGCUACUCAAGCGACGACGGCGUCAAGUUCAGCUGCGUGUAAAAAUAAUAAAAUAUUUCAAUGAAAUAUCAGCCAUUAUACUCUGAUGUGUGUGUAAAUAGAAGAGAAAAAAAUAUAUGAGUGCCACAAGGAGUCUAAGAGUUAAAAUAAAUUUUAAUUUAAAAAUAGCCAUACUCCGGAUGAACUCGAAUGGGUAUUUAAAUUUAAAAACUAAAAAAGUAUAAAUAAAUAAAUAAUAUUUCUCCUUAACUGUCACGUGUACAUACAAGUGUGUAUUUAUGUAAUUAAUGCGUAAUUAGAUUUUAAGCAGAUAGUGCAAAUUGAAUGUCAAUUAAACUUUGAGAUAAUUAUUAUCACGGCGGUUAACCGCUGAAAGUAAUGUCAUGUGUUGUGUGUAAAUUAUUGUAUUAUAGGAUGUGUAAUAAUAUUUAUGAGAGCCCUCGUGCCACCUCAUGGGUUUAAAAUAUUAAUUGGCUUUAAUAGAAGCUCAAUUAAUAAAGAUUUUAUUUUUUGUUCUUAAUUAUUUUAUUUAAAAAAAAAAAAACUUAUCGUUUCUUUAUUAAAUUUGUUAUAAAUCUUACAUACAUAUAUAAUUAUAAAUGUUAAAGAAAUAAAAUAAAAAUGGAAAAUAUAUGUAAUAUCUCUUCUGAAGCGCUUAGCGAAACGGAGCAGAUAAUCUACAAUUUCAAUUUAUGAAAUAUAAAAAAUAUAAAUAUAUUAAAUUACUAGCGUCAGUAAUUGCCUCUAAGAAUCAUCAUCACGUACUGUGAAAUAUUGUAUAAUAUAAUAUAAUAUAAUGUAAGUUUAUGUUAUUGAAAAAUGUAAUUUCAUAUUUAAAAAUAAAUGUUCAUUAUAAUUAAAAAAAUUGAUGC